UCGUUGUGGUUGUGACUUCUUGUGACGUCGGAGCUACCGAGUAAAUCGCUGGAGGGAAGCGCUUGUUUUUGUUGACUGUGAACAGUGACCCACAUUAAUUUGUGCGAAAGCUACGAAGGAUAACAUUCACCUCAAGCUUCUGUCUCGUUUUCCUUGAACUUCAAAUUGAAAAUGACUUUAUUACGGACCAACUCUUUAUGAAGCUAGCGUAGGAAGUUUCGAAAAUGUCCGCAAUAGUCGAUCAAACUCCAACCACUGCAAAGUCCGUCGUUGAUCUCUUCACACCAAACAUCGUACCAUGUUCGAAAGAUGAAAGUGUCGACUGCGAUGGUCUGACUGAAAAGACAUCAUUGGUAAGCCCCAGCGAGGAGCAGUAUGACGCCCUCACGCGGCAGCUGUCGCAGCGGUUGCGAAGAGGUCACGGAGAGGUCAUCUACGAGAUUGGAUGCGGAGAGCAUGGAGAAUCAGGGUUGUCGAGCGAGGAGAUGGAAGCGUCUGUGGCUACGCUGCAAAGCAUGGCCACCACGUUAGAGGCCGACUGCGUCCUCCUCCGAGAGCGCAAGACGGAGGGAGGUCUCAUGGCUGAAUACCUUGUCCGGAACCGUGCCAACGAAAAUGAUUUUGUCGAAGUGAGAGUCGCGGUAGUCGGAAACGUGGAUGCCGGAAAAAGCACCCUUCUCGGCGUUCUCACCCACGGCGAAUUGGACAACGGACGAGGGCUGGCGCGGCAGAAGCUGUUCCGGCACAAGCAUGAGGUAGAGUCCGGAAGGACAUCCAGUGUCGGAAACGACAUCCUGGGUUUCGACUCUCGGGGCAACGUGGUCAACCAGCCCGAUCCACAUGGGGGACAGCUGGACUGGACAAAGAUAUGUGAACAGUCUUCCAAGGUGAUCACGUUCAUCGACUUGGCUGGCCACGAGCGCUAUCUAAAAACGACCAUUUUUGGCAUGACUGGGCAUGCGCCUGAUUUCACCAUGCUCAUGGUCGGAGCCAAUGCCGGUGUGGUGGGCAUGACAAAAGAACACCUUGGCCUUGCCCUAGCCCUGAACGUGCCUGUCUUUGUGGUGGUCACCAAGAUGGACAUGUGUCCUGCAAAUGUCCUUCAGGAUACCAUGCGGUUACUUGUCCGAAUCCUCAAAUCCCCCGGUGUUCGAAAGAUUCCAGUCGUCGUCCAUUCUGCAGACGACGUUGUCGUUUGUGCAACAAACUUUGUCUCGGAAAGGUUAUGUCCCAUCUUUCAAGUGUCAAACGUGACAGGUGCCAAUUUGGCUCUUCUCAAGAUGUUCCUGAACCUCUUGUCAGCGCGGAUGAUGAGCACGGAUGCUGAUCCAGCGGAGUUUCAGAUCGACGAUACUUACUCAGUUCCUGGAGUCGGAACUGUCGUGUCUGGCACAACGUUAAAAGGAAUCGUCCACCUAAACGAUGUCCUCUUGUUGGGUCCUGACCCUCUUGGCCACUUCCAACCGGUUGCAGUGAAGUCCAUUCAUCGCAAACGCAUGCCCGUGAAAGAGGUCCGAGGCGGACAGACGGCAUCCUUUGCGUUGAAAAAGCAAGUGAAGCGGUCGGACAUCCGCAAGGGCAUGGUCCUGGUCUCGACCAAGUUGGAACCAAAGUCCUGCUGGGAGUUCGAGGGCGAGAUUCUCGUCCUUCACCAUCCCACCACCAUCAGUCCACGUUACCAAGCCAUGGUUCAUUGCGGCAGCAUCCGACAGACAGCAUCCAUCCUAUCCAUGUCAAUGGACUGCCUGCGCACGGGCGACAAAGCCCUUGUCCAUUUCCGCUUCAUCAAGAACCCGGAGUACCUGCGGCCAGGGAUGAGACUGGUGUUCCGCGAAGGGCGCACCAAAGCUGUGGGGAAUGUCUUACGUCUUCUAGCAGGACCUGGGCCUCUCAGCAUCAGCAGACAAGUGAGGCCAGUGAAGGCUCGCCAUCCUGAGAAUGGGGAGGCACAGGAGAAUUCAGAACCAGCACACGAGCAGUCAUCCCCACAACACCACGGAAGGCCAGACAAUGAACCGCAAAAGGCGAGCAAACGCAAUCGCGGCGGACGCUUCAGGGGCCCACGGGCUCCCGUCGUUUAAGGUGUAUGCCAAUGGACCUGGCAAAAACAAAAAAAAAGAGAGAGAGACACAGGAUUUUACUAUGGUUGGAGUGCUCCAUAGAAUAGUGCUGUUAUUGGAUCAUAUUUUGCCUUUUUGGAUUGUGUCUGAGCUUCUGGCUUUGCAGGGGCUGUUUGAGCUGUGUUAAUUUCCUGACUGUCACUUUUCUCAGUUAGUUAUCUUCUUUACAAACAGUAUGUACAAAUUGUCCAUGGAUAAACCUUACAGUUGUUUCUCCACCUUCUGCAGUGUCUCGUCUCCUGCUUUUAAUUUGAGUGACAAUUAUGGAGCUUACAUGUGUACCCUGGUAUCACAGCCUCACACAUGGUGCUGGUUGCAUCUCUAGACAGAAACUGUGAACGUGUAUCUGGUAAUGCCAUCAACAUUACAGACGGAUACACGUACAUGUAGCUCGGACAUUACGUUAGUCCUAGUUUCUUUAUCAAACAAAAAGGUCCCUCGCAUGUUUUCACCGCUUAAAUUUGCUCGGUCAUCAGAAGGUAAGUAGACAUUGCAGGAAGAGAAGGAACAACUGCAGCUUUAGACUUCUGUUAGACACCUGGAUUAUCCUUCCUCGAGAACUGCAAGAUCUUACCGUGAAGAAUCUGAAUUGAGAACUACCAAAGAUGUCAGAGUGUCAUCAUCCCAUGUACGGACGUAAGAAGACAACUUAAUGCCGAAGGAAUUUACCGCAAUACUUGUCACUUGCAAUAUGUGAAUGUUUGCUGUGAUCAGACACUCUGCCUUUCUGUUAACAUUGCUUUAGGUUGUGCUGUUUUUGGUAUUGAUGUGCUUCAGCUCCAUCUUCACCAUGUACCGUCAAGUGUGGAAUGGCACCGUUGUGAUUUUGUGUUAUCAAUGCGGUGUAAUGUUUCGUUGCAAGGGUUGAUCACGCAGAAGUCAUAUAGAAAUACUGGUAGAGUAAAAUUUUAAGCGUAAUAUUUGUUGAUGUUGUUUCUACUAAGUUAGUGGAAAAAGAGGAAAUCAUUUUUCUUCUUCUUUCUAUAUGGUUGAUUACAGUGCAAUCCCGUUAAUUCAAACUCGAAAAGGACAGGAGAAUUGUUCGAAUAAAGCGGAGUUCGAACAAAUGGGAGUCGCUCUGAAUGAAGACCUCAUGCUCUGGCAGCGCAUACUGUCUGCGUCGGAGACGCGUGCAUUGGCCUUGCCGCACGUUCGCGGUCACGCGAUGCCGGAAAUACAAGAGGCUCAAUCAUAUUCCAAAAUAUUUAUUUACGGACAAGCAUCAAAACAUCUCGGGCCUGAAAUCGAUCUGUGAUUCGCAUUCGAAUUCAUUUCUUUUGCCGCGGCACGAACAUCAUCCUGGGCGACGUUGAACAGAACCCCGCGAACGGGAAUACCGCUGACACAAUCCGGUAAAAUAUCGGCCGUCAUCCACGGCUUUGUGGUCAAAAGGAAGGGUCUUCCCUCCCAUAAAACAGAACCGCGUGGCUUACUUGCUUUGCCGACCAUGGAAGCGGCAGCCUUCUGUAAGCCAGUCGCGUUUGCGCACACCAUACCGUGAUUAGUUCGUUUGCCCGUCUUUCCUCCCGCACGAGCAUCCUCUUUAUAAGUAAUAGUAUUUUUUUAGUAAUCUCAGCACUUAGUAGAGGAGUACAAACGAACUAGUCACUAAAGGUGUCAGGCACACACACGCCAGCAACGCGCCGCGCCGAUCGUCGCGCUGCAGGACCGGAGCGUAGUCAGGCGCGGUCGACCAAUCUCGUUCGAAUUACCGUGCGUUUUUCUCCAUUCAAGUACACGCGAGCGUCAGUUCGAAUUAUCCGGAAGUUCGAAUUAACGGGAUUGCACUGUAUUGACAUAUUGAAGAAAGCAACUGGGCACAGAGGGGUUCCUGGGUGGUACCGCUCUGUUCCUUUUGUAUUGUUGCCCGAAGAACAGGAUGACACCAAACGUUCACACUGUACGUAUUCAGCCAGCAUAGUGCAGAAAGACCCUGUCAAAACCCGGAAGAUUCAAGACUAUUCUGUAAGGUGCAUUGUUCAUGGGUAGUUUUCACACAGUUUCUGUAUUUUUUUAUAUUUUUUAUUUAAUCUACUCUUGUGGCACGUGCAAGACUGAAUACCCUGAGGUCGUCAUGAGGUCACUGGAAGUUAAUAAUGAAAGUUAACAGUCUUCUAAAAAAAUCUUCAUGGCAAGGUCUGGCAGCUAUUUCGCUUGAACAAAGUUGUCUUCGAUACCCUUUCUGCUUCUGUAUUCAAGGAGUGUGUGUGCAGCACCGUUUUACUUUACAGACUGGCUUCAUUGUAAAUUGCAUAACAUUGUGGUUUGCACCUCAGUUCACGCAGAAAACAGUGAUACCCACUAAGUUUCUAAAUAUCUAUUAAGUAAGACGUUCAUCUCUUUAUUACAUUGAGUUCAGCACCGCUAGUGCUUGUCCUGGCAAAUGCCAUGGCCUCAGGAGCUCUUCAGGCUCCUUAGAUCCAGGGCGUACUGCGGGAGGUGCAGCCGAUGUAAUUCAUUCAAAAUAUGUACAGUACAAGACGUUUUUAAUGUGUGGCUUACUUUUUUUUUACCUGCUGCUUUGUGUGGAUUGUGACAGCAAUAUUUCUUUGGAGCCUAAAGGGUAGAUAUUCCCAGUGAUCACUAUAGUUGAUACCUUUGGUCAAUACAUUGAAUAAAGAGUCCCAACAUUGA